AUGUGUAAUCCUCUCAGGUCCUUCAUACACAGCACACAUAUAUUUUUAUACCUCUUAGAAUUUGCCAGUUACUACCCCCUGGAGGGCUUCCCUGGAGGCCCAGACAGUAAAGAAUCCGCCUGCAAUGCGGGAGACCUGGGCUUGAUCCCUGGGUCGGGAAGAUCCCCUGGAGGAGGGCCUGGCUACCCACUCCAGUAUUCUGGUCUGGAGAAUCCUCAUGGACAGAGGAGCCCAUGGGGCCGCAAAGAGUCGGACAUGACUGAGCACACGCAUGCAUGUGAGCACACACACACACAGAUAUUGAAGUUCAGGAGGCUGACAAAGGAAUUUUGUCAGGAAUAA